CGAGGACAAAGGAGCCCGGCGCGGCGGGCUCGUCCAUCGCGCCCGCUGCCGGACAACCUCGGACAGCCGGCAGCGCGCGUCGUCCUUUGUGCUCGUCUGCGGCUCACUCUACGCUCGCAAGCCCUAGCAUCUAGGACAAGGGCUCGGCGCAGUGUGCCGCUGCUUCCUUGUCCUGCCCCGGCCCGCGCGACACAUAUAAAGACGGGCGCCGUCGUGGAGCAGGCGACGGCAUCGCCUCUUUCUCGCCUCGACCUACACGCCCUGCACGCACCCACGCUCUCUUCUGCAAGACACGCACCUUGCGCAUUCUCGCUCGCCCCGGAGGCUGGCUCGCACCAUGGUCGCACCCUCGGCACUCCGCUUCGUCGGCCUCAACUUCCUGCGCCUCGUCUCCGUCAGCAGCCUCAUUCUCGUCUUCGCGGCCGUGAUCGACAUCAUGGUGCUCGAUGCGCGCGCCAUCAAGGCGCUCAGCGCCGACGAGAGGACGCAGGCGCUCGAGGAGUGCGACUACUUUGGCGACACGAGCGUGCCGACGCACGUCUGGGGCCUCUUCUGGGUGCAGCUGCAGCGCUUCUUUCUGCUGCUGCUGCUCAUUGCCUGCUUCUGCUCCGAGAUCAACUGGGGCGGCCUUGCCGAGCGCUUCUUCAGCUACAACGUUCCCAUCCUCGGCAGCGGCUUCUCGACUGCGCCUCUCGGACUUGUGCAGAUGAUGAUCGGUGCCUCGCUGCUCUCCACGUAUCUCUGGCUCUUCCCGCUCGUCUCUGCCUGGCUCCUCUUCUUCUGCGGCUUCUUCAACGUCGUGUCCGGCAUGAUCUUCCGCGCUCCCGGCCGCGACAUGCGCUCCAUCCUCGCAAGCCGGCGCAAGCGGGUCGCUGCGCCCAAGCCUCGAACGACGCCGCCUGCGAUGAGCAGUCUGGCGAACCUCGGCGCCUCGGCCGUCGACAAGCUGCGCCGCAAGCCGGUCACACCCCGCAAGGCAUCCGCUGCCGCGCCGCCGGUGACGACGCGCGAGCUCAACUCGUUUCCCUCGCUCGAGACCGUCUCGCACGCCGAGCUGCUGCGCCAGCGUGCGCGUGAGGCCAAUCUGCGUGCCGAGCGCGAGGAGGAGGCGCGCGAGCGCCGCGUGCGCGAGCUGCGCGAGCUCAUGGCCCUCGACGACGCCCAGGAGGCGGCGGCGGACAAGGACCUGGAGCGCGGCCUCAGCGAUGCGUCCGAGUGGAACGAGGCGCACGGCCUGCCCUUCCCACGCACCGCCGAGAUGGCGCGGCAGCAACAGGCCGAGCUGGCGCAGCGCCAGCAGCCGAGCACAUCGGCAAGCAAGCCGGCCGCGCCCACGCAGGGUGCCGCCGCCGACGCCGGCACCGUGGCGCGCGCCCAGGCCGGCGCCAAUGCCGAUCUUGAGCCGUGGCGGCGCAGCACGCACAGCGCCAGCUCCAAGAAGCGCCGUGCUGCCGCAGGUGGCCUCAGCGGCGCGCGCGAGAUCGCUGCCCGAGGCACCGCAGCGGUGCGCCGCCGCAGCCUCGUCCUCUCGCGUCACCUUCGCGAGCUGCGUCUCGGCGCCGCUCCCAAGGCCCGCAAGAACGCCGCGCCGCCGCUGCCCAAGGCUCCACACAUGCGCGUCGCACCCUCGCCCGGCGCCGCCUCGGCCUUCUCGGCGCAGUCGCACUACGCCUCGGCGGACGUAGCGAACCCGGACGACGACGACGACGAUGACGACCAGCUGAUCUUCGUCGGCGCGCCGCCGCUGCCAGCAUACGUGCCCGGCGGCACGCGCAUCGUGCGUGCCGACAUCGAGCACACGCGCGACGACGCCCCGGUGCUGCCCGUCGCCAAGCAGUGGGCAUCCGAGUGGGCCUCGGCGCCGGCACUGCCGUCCGAGCGUGCCCAGCACAGCGUCACGCGCAAGGCCGUGCCCCGCCGGCAUAUUCCCUCCUCCGGCCCACCGAUCUAGGCACUCGCCGCUCGACGCUUGCAUACCCACGCCUCGCUCCACGCCUCUCUGCCUCACGAUACCCCGUAGACAAUGAAUGCGCCUUGUUGAGAAGCGUGUGCUGGUGAUACAUGCAGGAUGAGUGAUGACGGGAAGAAUCGCGGAACGAUGAUAAAGGAACGAUGAGAGAGAGACGUGGCCACGACGGGGAAUAUGGCGCAACUAGGUCAGGCGCACGGGACAUCCGUCUGGUGUUGAAAAGACGGGGCCGCUCGCGCGCGGACACACGGCGUUGCAGGCGGGGGCGGCGGCGACGCGCU